UCAUUUGUGAUAGAUCCAAAUGAUAAAAUUUAUACCAAUGAAGAAGUUUUUACUGAGAUAGAACUUGAUGAAAUUCGAAAAUAUAAACUUAAGCCAAUACCACAGAUGCCCCAAGACUUAUUAACGUAUCUUAACAGUUUUCGGGUGUCCGACAUCUCAGGCCUCAGAGAUGCUAUAUUUAAAUCUCAGCAGUGGGAUUCUCCAUACAAUCGACAAACACAUUUUGAUCAUGAUUGGAUUUGA